ACUCCUCGUCUGCGGAUGACACACUUUGAGCUCCGGCAGACAGGAGAUCUCCUCCUCCAGCAGCGCACAAUGAUCCAACUCCUCCGCUGUCGACCCGGCUGCUUCUUUUGGACGACUCCAGGCUGUCACGGAUCAACUCAAGUCAGCAGUUCUUGAGAAGAGAAGUCAAAGGGGACGACUGGUGUCUAUUUACAGCAGGAAAUCAGUCGAACUUCUUUCUUAGGCUCUGUGUGCUCUGAAUUGAGGGGCUUUCCCUCCGUGUUCAGCCGACAGCUCACCUGCAGACGCCAGACCAUGCGCUCCCGGGCUGCGCUCCCCCGGUUUCCCGCCCUCCUGUUUCUCCUUGUCCUUUCACCUGUUUCUUCCUCCUCCUCCUCCUCCUCCUCCCGACCUCAGUGGGUUCUGCAGCGUGUCCCAGUGGUCCUCCCCCAGCAGACAGAGACUCGACCGGCCCCUCACUUUCUUACUCAGGCCCGCUUGGAUGUCAGCUCCCCCUGUGACCCAGAAUGCCACAAGAAAGCCCCUCGCCCGAGCUACUGGGACCUGCGAAGUCUCCUGGCCUAUGAGACCCUCCACUCUGAUGGUCAGCUCACUGAGACCGCGAUCGGGAUCUAUGGCUACAACCCCAGUUCUAACACCAGUCCAGCCUACCCCUCCGGGCCAUCCGAAAAGGCUAAGAGGUCACAUGUAAGGAGAAAGCGACAGAUCUUUGGCCAUGAUGGGCGUUUUAGCAUCGCCGGGCAGGACUUCCUGCUGAAAUAUCCAUUCUCAGUGGCUGUCAAACUGUCCACUGGGUGUUCUGGUACACUGGUGGGAGACCGCCACGUUCUCACAGCUGCUCAUUGUGUUCAUGAUGGUAAAAACUACGUGAAGGGAGCCCAGAAGCUCCGGGUUGGAUUUUUAAAACCCAAGCAACGAGAUGCACAGCAUUCUUCCUUUUACCUUCCUUCCAACUUUACCAACCACGUUGAAGGUGGCCCUGCUCCCUACGCCCCACCCACCAAUGACAAAAUGAAGUUCCAGUGGAUCAGGGCCAAGCGCACCCAUGUUCCAAAAGGAUGGAUUAAAGGGAACGCCAAUGACAUUGGGAUGGACUACGACUACGCUUUGCUUGAACUCAAGAAGGCCCACAAACGCCGCCACAUGAAGUUAGGAGUCAGUCCUCCGGCUCAGAGGCUGCCUGGUCGACGGGUUCACUUCUCAGGAUUUGAUAAUGACCGUCCAGGACAGCUGGUGUAUCGGUUCUGUCGGGCCGGUGAGGAGACGUCCGACCUGUUGUACCAGCACUGUGAUGCUCAACCCGGGGCCAGCGGCUCAGGAGUCUACGCCCGGAUGUGGGACGGACGGCGUCGUCGCUGGGAGCGGAAGGUGAUAGGUGUGUUUUCCGGGCAUCAGUGGGUGGAGCGACAAGGGGCGUCUCAGGAAUUUAAUGUAGCGGUGAGAAUCACGCCUCUCAAAUACGCUCAGAUCUGCUACUGGAUAAAAGGAAACUUUGUGGACUGCAGAGAAGGAUGAGGAGAAUGCGGAUCAAACAGGGGUGAAGCUACAAAACCGCCAACCAACUACACAUUGUUCUGGAAUAUUUGAAACACAAGAAGCCACACUUUUCAGCUCACUACCUGUAGCACUGACAAAAUGUCAAUAUAAAUAUCUAAAUUUUGUUUGACUCCCCUGUUCUCAGAUGCCAAUAUCAGUACAGAUGAGACACAAAUCCAGCAAUGGAUGCUAAAUUAUGUGAACAUGGCAUUUUGUUUUUGUGUAAUUUGUAUCUUCACUUACAUUUCCAAAAUAUGAAAAAGGUUCUGCUUCUUGAAACCUUCAUCUGGAUAACCAAGUUAUCUUCAAGCACCUCCAUUCUGGAAAUAUGGAAUGAUGGAGUAAGACAGAGAGAGACCGUUUCUCUACUCAUUAUAGCCUUUUUUUUUAUUGAGCUAAUACUAAAGAUUGCACUGUUAAAACUUUUUCUACUGAAAAUGGUGUUUGCGGAUGAAUGUACAAGUCAGCUACCAAAGUUGCCCACUGUUUCUUUCCAAACUCUUCUCUCUGUGGACACACUAGUCAUCUACAAGCAUAGUGUACUAAAGUUAAAAUGAAAAAAAAGUUUUGAAAGAGUAUUCAACUUGUUAUACAGGUUGGUGCUUAAUGACUGCAUUUGUCUCCUGCCAAGGGUGCGGAUUUCUGGUUCCAUGAAGCAUCAUUUGUUGAAUGUUCUUUAUUGCUUAGUGCCAUCUGGUGGCUACAUAAAACACUGCAGGUGUCCACAAUAAGCAUUAUGCCAACUUUGCCUAGGCUUACAUAAGCACUUUUUACUUUCUCUUAUUUGUGAUGUUUCUUAAACGGAAAGCUGUGGUGGAUUUGAUGAAAUAUAUGCUUUGAAAAAGG